UCCUCUCCCUCCCUCCUGGCGGCGCCUUCCCAGGCUCCUCUCCGGGUAAACAGCGAUGGCCGCAGACGAAGGAGGCGGAGAACAGGAUAACAACAUGGGGAACCACUUGCAGCUCAUUCCUGCAGAGAGUGAGGAAGAAGAUGACGUUGACAUGGAAGUUGAAGAUCAAGACAGCAAGGAGACUGAAAAGCCAAACAUCAUUAAUUUUGAUACUAGCCUGCCAACUUCACAUGUGUAUUUAGGAUCUGAUAUGGAAGAGUUUCAUGGAAGGACUGUCCAUGAUGAUGACAGUUGUCAGACUAUUCCAGUCUUGCCCCAUCUGAUGGUAAUGUUGAUUCCUGGGCAAACACUGCCUCUUCAGCUCUUUAGCCCCCAAGAGGUUAGCAUGGUGCGGAAUUUAAUACAGAAAGACAGAACCUUUGCUGUUCUUGCAUACAGCAAUGUACUUGAAAGAGAAGCACAUUUUGGAACGACAGCAGAAAUUUAUGCCUAUCGAGAAGCACAAGAGUAUGGAAUUGAAACAGUCAAAGUAAAAGCAGUGGGAAGGCAAAGGUUUAAGGUUCUUGAAAUAAGGACUCAAUCAGAUGGAAUACAGCAGGCAAAGGUGCAAAUCCUCCCUGAGCGAGUUCUGCCUUCAACUAUGUCAGCAGUGCAGCUGGAGUCCUGCAGCAGAUGCCACUUAUUUCCUUCUUCCAAGCCUGCAGCAUGGCAGGAUCAACAUAUACAUCAAUGGCGGCAGAAAUAUCAAAAGCGCAAAUUUCACUGUGCUAGUCUGACUUCCUGGCCGUCUUGGUUGUAUUCCUUAUAUGAUGCUGAAACCUUGAUGGAAAGAGUCAAGCAGCAGCUGCAUGAGUGGGAUGAGAAUCUUAAAGACGAAUCGCUUCCAACAAAUCCAAUAGAUUUUUCAUACAGAGUUGCCGCUUGUCUGCCCAUUGAUGAUGCGCUGCGAAUUCAGCUGCUUAAAAUUGGUAGUGCUGUCCAGCGACUGCGAUGUGAACUAGAUAUAAUGAACAAAUGUACGUCUCUCUGCUGUAAGCAUUGUCAAGACACAGAAAUAACUACUAAAAAUGAAAUAUUCAGUUUAUCUCUUGGUGGGCCUAUGGCUGCAUAUGUGAAUCCUCAUGGAUUUGUGCAUGAGACGCUUACUGUGUACAAAGCUUGCAACUUGAAUCUGACUGGCAGAUCUUCCACAGAGCACAGCUGGUUUCCUGGGUAUGCAUGGACUAUAGCCGAGUGCAGAAUCUGUGGAAGCCACAUAGGCUGGAAGUUUACUUCAACAAAAAAGGAUAUGUCACCUCAAAAGUUCUGGGGAUUGACCCGUUCUGCCCUGCUGCCAAGGAUUCCAGAAACAGAGGAUGGAUCUGGUAAAAGAUCACUAUUGCUUUGCCUGUGAUCAGAUAACCUUACCUUGGAUGAAUUAGCAGUCAGUGUCUUCUUUAAAAAAAAAAAAAAUCUGCAAAGUGCUGCAUCUUAUGUCUGAUUAUCUAAAAGGAUCUGUUCACCUGAGCUUCGUGCAGAUAAAAGAACUGUUGCUUCCAAAGGCCCUGAAAAAAAAUGACAUUUUAAUAUUUAGACUUCUGGAGGAAGAAGUACCAAAUGUGCGACGGAGAUGAGAAAAAAAGCAGUCCCCCCCCCCCCAAAUUGUUUCAUAAACACUGAAACAGACAGCUCAGACUUAGAUUUGCCCUGUAAUAAUGCAAGAAGACUCAUACUAUCGGUGGGAAGCUAAAACUGUUGAGGUGGAAUGAAGACUGAGUGUAACUCAACUUGUGGAUAAUGAACAGGUAUAAGGUAUUGCCUGCCCACUGUUAUAUUUGCCUGUAGAAUGUUGUGAAUUUAUAAGAAGCCCUGUGUUUUUUUUUAACUGUGUGAAAUAAGCUUACAGGUAUUAGUGUUUGCUUGAAUAAGCCUUAAAAGAGGACAAGGCCUAAACCUCCUAUAGGGGUUCAUGUGAUGACAGUAGGUCUCUCAUCACAAAGUGUUUGCUGGCAGAAGCCUUCUGCUAAAAGGACUAUUAUAUGCAAUUCCUUUGUUGAAAAAAAAAUCCCUAUAGAAUUGUUUUGUUGCAUCACCUUUAGCUGAUUUUGCUCCAUCUGGCAUGUUCUGACUGAUUUAUAUUUUUUUAAAAUGAAAACAUAAGUUAUUCAUGAAAAUGUUUAGGGCUGCGAUAAAGUGUAAUUUUCUUCGUUAAUAUCUUCAGUACCUUUCCGUCUACCAUAUUGCGAUUCUGUACCUUUUUUUACAUGUUUAAGAUUCUGUGGGGUCCUUGGCAGUGCGGUUGCUCAUAUGCCGUUUUUUUGGCAUUGGUAAGUUGGCAGCCAUCUGUCAAAAGUUUGAAAGGGUCUAAUUCAAUUAUAACAUGCUCUCUAGAACAGGAACUAAUGCUUCCCAUUUGAGCAAGUUGGUUUUUAGGAGACAUGUAUGGGGUAUUGAAAUGGGGGCUAAAAACAGCAAAAAGGUGUGUGUGUGUGUGUGUUUUGCCUUGUUUUCUUAGAAUGCACUUUGGCAAGCAAAGUCUGCAGAUGGCAGACUUACUUUACAUAUAUUGGUAUUCCCCACCCCUGCCCCGAGACCAUUUUUGUCACUGCACUUCUUCAGAAUAUAUUGUUAGAGAUACUAUUAAGUGUGGCUAGGUAUCUUGUUGAAGUAACAGCAUUGCUGAUUUUAUAAGAACCAAUGCAUUUAUCUGUGGAGGGAGAUAACGGCUUU